AAAAUACAGUAGAACGUUUGCUAAGAUUACUGAUACAUAAAGACAGUGCUAAGUGUUUGCACCAAGAGGAGCACGUCUGUGUCGGAGGAUCCGGGGCUGAGAGGCAUCUUCCACUUCAGCGUCCAGGAAGAAGAGAUACGCCAUGGGUCACCUUCGAAGCUACGUUCUUGCAUUUCUGUUGAUCAGCGCAAGCUGGCUAAAGAUAGAUGCCCAGUCAUAUGUGGUUCACUUCAACUGCAAUACUCCCCAAGGUUUGUACUACGCCAGCGCCACUUCUUGGAUGGGAACACUUUCUGGAGAUGCUUUUGGGCGCUGUACCAGUAUUGGACGUAGUAUUUUGCAAGAUUCAGAAACAAGUUCAACCUGCUUCCAAAGCUACCUCGCUCACAUUGACUCUGCACUCGGCACUAUGAACACAGUUUAUACGAAUUUGACCGGACAAGUGUCAUGCUACCCAAAGACGACUCCGUGCCCUGGUUCAGGGCCUAUUGUUAUAUGCAGUAAUACCCGAACCGAUGCUAGCAACGCUCCUACCAACGCAAAGUGUCUACAGAACCUUCAGUUCGCAUAUGGAACAGUAAGCUAUCCGUCAGGCAAUGUCUUUCCAUCUCAAGGAUUCUACACCUGCAACCCAGGGUACUUUAUCACUGGCACAAGAGUCGCUGAAUGCGGGCAGGAUGGCAGCUGGGGGUCUGCUACGGCAUCUUGUACAGCUUACAAAUGUCCUGCGCCAACCCUAGCUAACGGCUUAAUAACGGGUUGUGCUCCUGUGUACACGGCUUCAUGCAACAGUGGAUAUCAGCUAUCUGGCAGCACCACUGUCACUUGCAUGAGUGCAACCACAAACACACCUGUACCAACAUGUGUCGAGCAAUGCCCUGUUCUGGCGAUAUGCAAUGCAAUAUACGAAACGACAAUAAGAGUGGUUGGAACGACUGUGGCGGUAUCUUGCAGCUCAGGAUUUGAAGAAAUGGGACCUGCCACAGUCACUUGCAUGACAGGUGGCAGCUGGUCAACAAUGCCGACGUGUGCCCCCACUACAUGCCCUGCAGCACCUGUGAUUACCAAUGGAUACGUCAGUGCAACUGUGGCUAGUUUCACAAUUGGAGGUACCGCAAAUGUCUCAUGUCUUCCAGGGUAUGAAAUAACAGGGACUGCCACCAUCACUUGUGGUAGUGGUGGUCAGUGGCCUAGUGGUGCUUCUCUUCCUACGUGUACAUUACGAAUGUGUCCAGCACUUACCCCACCAAUAAGUGGUUCAAUAGUCAGCAGCUCCAAAUUACCUUAUGGAGUGACCAUAUUGGCAUGCAAUGAUGGCUAUCAACUGACAGGGAAUAGUGCAACUGUAUGCAUGGCCAAUGGUGCUUGGUCAACCACAACGCCGACAUGUACAAAAAUUCAAUGUCCUGCAGAUCCAAUGUCUCCUGUAAAUGGCGCCGUGUCCGCUGGUGGUCAAAAUGUUUUCACGAUCAGAACAUACUCGUGCAAUACCGGAUAUCAACUAUCCGGAGCAACAACAACUGUGUGUCAAACAACUGGAUCAUGGUCUGGGACACCACCAACAUGCAUUCCUAUUACAUGCCCAGCACCUACAAUACCUAAUGGAAUGGCGACACCGAUUGUUGCUAGUGUGCCUCAACAGUAUACAAUAUCCUGCUCCAGUGGAUUUAAACUCGUUGGAUCAAACCCUGUCACAUGUCCAACCACGAAUGCCUUCACAACAUUUCCCACUUGCCAAGCCAUUACAAAUAAAGAAACAACAACAACAACAACAACAACAACAACAACAACAUGCCCUGCACUACCUGUGAUUACCAGUGGAUAUGUCAGCGUGACUGCGGCUAGUUUUACAAUUGGGGGUACCGCAAGUGUCUCAUGUCUUCCAGGGUAUGUAAUGACAGGGACAGCCACACUCAAUUGUGGUAGUGGUGGUCAGUGGCCUAGUGGUGCUUCUCUUCCUACGUGUACAUUACGAACGUGUCCGGCACUUACCCCACCAAUAAAUGGUUCAAUAGUCAGCAGCUCCAGAUCACCAUAUGGAGUGACUAUAUUUGCAUGCAAUGAUGGCUUUCAACUGACAGGAAGCAGUGCAACUGUAUGCUUGGCGAAUGGUUCUUGGUUAACGCCACUGACGUUAUGUACAACAAUUCAAUGUCCUGCAAAUCCAACGUCUCCUGUGAAUGGCGCAGUGUCUAGUGGUGGUCGAAAUGCUUUCACGAUCAGAACAUACUCGUGCAGUACCCGAUAUCAACUAUCUGGAGCAACAACAACUAUCUGUCAAACAACUGGAGCAUGGUCUGGUACACCACCAACAUGCACUCGUGUUGCGUGUAGUGGUCAAGUUGCACCUUCUAAUGGAGCUAUUGCUAGCAUGUCUUUGGAGAUUAAUGGUGCAACUAUUUUCACCUGCAAUUCCGGAUACAAUGUAGUCGGCAGCAGUGCAUCUGUUUGUCUUCCAAAUGGAACUUGGUCGACUUCCCCACCAACUUGCCAGCUGAUACAAUGUCCUGUCAACCCAGUGUCUCCUAUAAACGGCGCCGUGUCUAGCGGUGCUCGAGAUGCCUUCACGAACAGAACAUACUCGUGCAAUACCGGAUAUCAACUUUCUGGCACAACAACAACUGUGUGUCAAACAACUGGAGCAUGGUCUGGAUCACCACCAACUUGCACUCGUGUUGUGUGUAGCGGUCAAGUUGCACCUUCUAAUGGAGCUAUUGCUAGCAUGUCUUUGGAGAUUAAUGCUGCAACUAUUUUCACCUGCAAUACUGGAUACAAUGUAGUCGGCAGCAGUGCUUCGGUUUGUCUUCCAACUGGAACUUGGUCGACUUCGCCACCAACUUGCCAGCUGAUACAAUGUCCUCCCAACCCAGUGUCUCCUACAAACGGCGUCGUGUCAAGUGGUGCUCGUGAUGCCUUCACGAACAGAACGUACUCGUGCAGUAUGGGAUAUCAACUUUCUGGCACAACAACAACUGUGUGUCAAACAACUGGAACGUGGUCUGGAACACCACCAACAUGCACUCGUGUUGUGUGUAGUGGUCAAGUUGCACCUUCUAAUGGGGCUAUUGCUAGCAUGUCUUUGGAGAUUAAUGGUGCAACUAUUUUCACCUGCAAUUCCGGAUACAAUUUAAUCGGCAGCAGUGCAUCCGUUUGUCUUCCAACUGGAACUUGGUCGACUUCCCCACCAACUUGCCAGCUGAUACAAUGUCCUGCCAACCCAGUGUCUCCUAUAAAUGGCGCCGUGUCUAGUGGUGCUCGAAAUGCCUUCACGAACAGAACAUACUCGUGCAGUACCGGAUAUCAACUUUCUGGCACAACAACAACUGUGUGUCAAACAACUGGAACAUGGUCUGGAUCACCACCAACUUGCACUCUGAUAAAAUGUCCUGCCAACCCAGUGUCUCCUACAAACGGCGCAGUGUCUGCUGGUGGUCGAAAUGCUUUCGCGAUCAGAACAUACUCGUGCAGUACAGGAUAUCAACUUUCAGGAGCAACAACAACUGUGUGUCAAACAACUGGAGCAUGGUCGGGUACACCACCAACAUGCACUCGUGUGCUGUGUAGCAGUCAAGUUGCUCCUCUGAAUGGAGCUAUUGCCAGUAUGUCUAUGGAGAGAAAUGGUGCAACCAUUUUUACGUGCAAUUCGGGGUACAAUUUAGCUGGCAGCAGCGCGUCUGUGUGUCUUCCAAGUGGAAAUUGGUCAACUUCACCGCCAACUUGCCAGGGUAUACAAUGUCCAAUUACUGUUCCGACACCUGCUAACGGAGCCAUCGUCACUGGAACUAAUGACGUGUUCAUAUCCAGACAAUAUACCUGCAAUUCUGGUUAUCAGUUGCAAGGCAGUUCAAAUACAAUUUGUCUCUCAACUGGUGCCUGGUCGACCCCAACGCCUACAUGUAAACGAGUGGAGUGCCCUAUCCUUAAUGCACCCACGAACGGAGCCAUAUCACCUGGUAAUAGUGAGGUUUUUACCUUGCGAAGAUUCACUUGUAACACUGGGUUCAAUCUCGUCGGCAAUUCAGCAUCUGUGUGUUUAUCAGGUGGAACUUGGUCUAAUGUCACACCUCAAUGUGUUGGAAUACAAUGCUCAGGACCUUUAGCAAAUCCCACCAACGGGCGUGUCAACACAUCAACUAUCUCAGUAUUUAGUGUAUCGACAUAUUCUUGCAACUCAGGGUAUGAAUUGGUUGGCGAAACAAAUUCCAUCUGCCUUUCCACGGGCCAAUGGUCUGCACCGGCACCAACUUGUACCAGCAUAAACUGCAAUUCUCUUCCGUCCAUUUUUAACGGCAAUGUCCAACCUGGUCGAGCACCACUUAUUCGAGGCAGCACUGCUUUUGUCAGCUGUAAUGAAGGAUUUGCACUCUCGGGGAUGAGCACUAUAACUUGCCAAUCAGAUCUCACUUGGUCUACAGCACCAACAUGUUCACAAAUAAGAUGCUUGGCCCCUCUCACCCCUCCAAUGAAUGGCAAUAUAUCCAAAGGAGAUAAUGUGUUCUUUAGUAUACGAGAAUACUCAUGCAGCCCAGGCUAUGAACUUCAAGGUGCCAAAUCUACCGCUUGUCAAACUAAUGGAAAAUGGUCCGUGUCACCUCCAACAUGCAAUGAGAUAACUUGUAACAGUAUUCCAGCUACUCCAAACAAUGGCUUCCUCACAACCGGAGUUAAGACACUUGGGUCAAUACUUGUGUUCGGCUGUGACGCUGGAUUUGAACUCGUUGGAACUACUGGAGUCACCGUGUGUCAAGCAGACAAAACCUGGUCAUUGACUAGUGUGACUUGUGCACGUCGAACAUGCCCUAGCCCACCCAACAUCACAAAUGCUGUUGUAAUAGCUAACCCAACAAAAUCCUACGCGUUUGGUGACAGUGUGGUUGUACAAUGUAACACUGGACAUAGUGGGAGUGGCAAUAUCAACUGUACAUCAGCAGGAACAUGGACAGACGUAAUGUGCUCUGCAGCAAGCAAUUGCGUGUCAUUAGGAGACCCUGUCAAUGGACUGGUGUUCAUGAGUGGCAAUACCUUUGACUCCACUGCUUUAUACACAUGCUCUGCUGGGUACAACCUCAACGGAUCUUCUUCCGCAACAUGUACUCGAAGUGGAAUGUGGUCAUCUCCAACACCCAGUUGUGACCGAGUCAACUGCGGCCCAUUGACAAACCCAACAAAUGGUCGUGUGGUUACGGCAAGAACUGAUUUCGAAUCAACAGCAACCUACACAUGCAGCGUUGGAUUUAUUCUCUCUGGUCAAUCAGCGACAAACUGUCUUCUGAAUGGUUUAUGGUCGUCGUCACCACCCACCUGCCAAAGAGUUGUGUGCCCUCCCAUUAAUUCGCCCACGAACGGAGCUAUAUCAGCUGGUGAUACUGAAUUAUUCACCGUGCGGAGAUUCACUUGCAACACUGGGUUUAAUCUUGUCGGCAAUUCAGCAUCUGUGUGUUUAUCAAAUGGAACGUGGUCUGAUGCAACACCUCAAUGUAUUGACAGCACAAUGGCGUGCCCUGAAUUACUUGCCCCCGCCAACGGGCUGAUAGACAAUGGUAGUCUGGACCUAGGAACACGGAGAAAGUACUCUUGUUCUGCUGGCUACACAACAAUGGAUCCGACAACAACGUUUUGCUUGAAAGGUGGACUUUGGUCUGAACCAGCUCCAGCCUGUGCUCCCCCCUGUACAUCGGAACAGACAACACCAUCUUCCACAUCGUCCUAUAUUGUAGCAGGAGCCAUUGGUUUUCUCGUUGGUUUGAUUAUACCUGGUGCUUUGAUAAUAAUUUAUUUGGUGCGAUAUCGAGGCAAGGCUAAGACUAUCACCAUGACAGAGAGCGACAACGCGAAGCCAUCGGCCAUUUUUGUGAGUCAAUUGACAAAGAAUGAUGCGUACGAAAUGACUUCAACUGUGGUCGAAACAACCCCCGAACCACAGUAUGCAACAAUGAGCCCGGCAUAACUUUCAGUCCUUUCCAUGUUUCUUUCUUUUCCCCAUGCACCACCAAGGAAUGAAAGGCGCAGUUUGUAUAUUGCUUAAUCAUUAGCUGCAUGUUGUUUGCUGUUUGUCCUUGCUUGCCAUUAUGUCUUCUUUUCGUUCAGUAGUAAUACUGAAUGUCUCAAAACAUCUGCCGCAGCCGACAGAUAUAGUUGUCGUAUCAACGAUAUUGUUAAAAUAAAGGUUUGCAGAAAAAAUGCCCCUUCGCCAAUUUAGCACUCCUGUAACGCUUUUUUUCUUUUUAUCCACAGCAGCCGAAAAGGCAAUUUUGGUGUCCUGCAAUGCCAGGUGCUCAAACCCUGUAUUGCCAGCCAUCAUGCUGACCGUCAAACCCAAGUUCAGACUUCCUUGUUGAUGACACCGUCUGUUGCAUCCUAGAAACAUGAGCACUAUGCCUUUCCUUUGCCCUUAUAGCUGCUAUACAUUAUACUAUUCUUGCGCCACUAGAAACAACAUCUGUAAAUCAAGUUCUUCAGGUCGA